AGUGACGAGUCUUAAAAAAUCACGUGCGGUCUACAGUUGUUCGCGUACAUCGCGUUAACUUAGUUGUGAAAUUCGCCACCACAUUUUUCUUUUAAAUCAAAAGUGUUUAAACUUCCACCUGAGCGAAUAUAAGACUUUUAGUUUCAUACUUUGAUGUGUGCUGUUUUUUGGAUCAAAAUUCAAGUGUGGGACAAUUAAAAAAUGUGUUUUUUUAAGUGAUUUAUUAGGGUGUACUUAGCACUACAUUUUAAUUCAUUUAGUUUUUAUAAACAUUCAAAAAAUAUCAAAAACUAGUACAAAUAUCUCCACAUUUUUACUUGUAGUAGAUUUAGUUUUUUAAUAAUUCUAAAUAUACAUAAAUUAAUAUUCUUUUUAUUAUCGCUAACAACCAUUUUGUGUUUUUGAUAUUAUUUAAAAUCUAUUUCUUUUUUAUUGAAAACAAAAUUCAAUAUGUAUGAAAAGUAUUUGAAAAUUUUAAAAAAGUAGAAUCGUGUUUUGAACUACGAAAAAUCAAAUAAAUUGAUACUAUUAUAUUUAUUUAACAAUCGCACUUCGUUAUAAUGUACUUUUCAUGUACCAAACACCAUAAAUGUUAUUAAGAAACAUAGAAAUUUAAUUAGUGCGAGUCGGCGGCCUUCAAUUUGUUUUGGAUGUGUUUUUUCGAGUGUCCCCCUUUUGUGGAUUCACCAAUCAUGGCUUACGUCAUUUGGAGAGUCGUAAUGAACAAAUAUUCAAAAAUUCGGUUGGGGCUAGCUGGAUCAACGGUAACGCCAACGGUAACAAAGGCCGUUACCUAUGACGAGGAGUCAUGGAAACCGUCCCCCGAAGAUAUAUCAAAAGACGAAAGAGAUUCUUUAAAAUCCUCGGAAAUCCGGCAAAGUAAAACGAAACGCGUAAAAAACUACUUGAAAAAAUGUAAAAACGCAUUGGGUAGUGGUAAAUAUGCGAGUUUAGACGUUUCGUCAGUUUGCAGUGCAAAUAACUCUUCUUGGUACAUAGAAAUCAAAGAACCUCAAGUUAAUGAAAUCGAAGAUUUAUUUGAAGACGUUCAAGUUUGUUUGAAUAUAAACGAUUGCAGUAGUUCGUUUCAAGUAGCUAAUGUCGUUGAAGUUAGGGGACCCAAAAUCGAUGAAGGCUCUAAAGUUACCUCCCCGUUUUUGAAGGAAUUUCAAAAACAGGAGGACGGUGAACGGGAAACGAAGGAAAACCGAAUUGAAGAGAACUUUCCAAAGAUAAAAAGUGACGUGGAAACUUUGGUUGACAAAUAUUUCGGGAAUUUGUACAGAAAUUACGAACAUUCCCGAAAAUGUUUGAUCAGGCAAGCACGUGACGUACUCGUAUGUGAAUAUCAUGGUUGCCUGCAGAAGUUCGAAGGAGAAUUUUGCGUUCAAGCUGAAAAACUGCUCAGAUAUAUCAAGUAUGAUCAUUCUUGCACAUCAUCUACCCCAACCGGAUGGCCUUUAUGCGUCGGAAAAUCGGCCGUAGUCCUCCAUUUAGGCCAACUGGACCAAUCAAAUGUGAGAAAUAAAGACUGUUACGUUUGUGUUCGAAAAAAAACCUCAUCACCAGGUUUGGAAGUUGUCCUUUUCUGGCGACAACAACAUCAACUUCACUGGUAUUCAAUAGCUCAAUUUAAAGAUCCAACGCAAUCGUUAGAUGACAUAAUGUGUUCAAACCUCAGAUCCAUAGCGGAUCUCGAGAUACAUUCCUAUGACGAUUACGAUGGUAACGAAUUACCGGAAAUGCUACAAAAUUUAUUAGUUUCCGUCGAGCACGCCAUCGAACGAGUGCCUUUGGACGAUUUAACUUUUCCUUGUCCGCAAUGUCACCAGUACGUGCCUCUGGAUAGACAGGAGGACGAUGUUAUAUCGUGUUCGUGUCAGUGUUCGUGUAAGUUAUCAGACAAUCAACUAACGAAGAAAGAUUCCUCGAUACAGACGAGUCCCAUGUUUGAAUUCGUCGGUUCGAUACCGCAUAUCGAUAGCGACGAAGAUGAUGAUAAGGAAUCUAUCAAAUCAGGCGCAUUUAAUAAAAAAGUGGAAAUAGCUAGGCCUAAACGUAUAAGUGAACUACCAGAUAAACUUUUAAUGUCCGGGAUAAAUCUACCAGGAACUACCGAUGUCGAUGGUAGACCUAUAAUCUUGUGCUACGCAGAAUGUAUAUCUAGAGCUGGAUUGAACAAAUAUGAAAUAGCAAAAUUGUUGUUAUACUAUUUUUCAAUUCCACCAACCGAAAUUAAAGAAAAAGGUUUUACUAUACUUUUAUUAGCAGAAAACGAAAAAAAUCACAAAAUAUUGGAAUUGUUAGAUAAAACUGUAUGCCUUAUAGGUAAUUCGAAUAUAAACAAAUUCGUUAUAUGGAUUCCAGGUACUAAAGGCAUUAAAGAAGUAAAAAAAUUGACGAGUCAAUGUCAGGCUGUCAUAUUGACAGAAGAAUCAUCUAUAGAUAAAUACAUAACGAAAGAUCAAUCUCCAGCAAGUUGCGGUGGUAUCUGCACCCAUGACCAAUUAGAAUGGGUGGAGUUUUAUAAACAAUUAGAACCGUUUUUGAUAGAUUGUAAAACAGCUGGAAAAAAUUUAUUGACGACUUUAUCUUUACUGCAAAACGACAAAGUGUCUAAUCAAGUAACGAGAAGGUUUUUGAAUCAUCAAUAUCGUCAAAUCACGAAAGCUCUAGAAUUCGAAUUGGUGACCAAAUUAAAACGAGAAGGUAGAAAAACUUUGAGUAGUUUAGUAGAAAGAAGUCAGUGGUUAUCUGGAAGCAAAGACGUCCAAAGAGGAAGAAAAUUUGCUGGGGAAUCAUUUAACGCCGUGGAUAAAGUAAUAAAGAAAUUGGAACAACUGAAACAGGAGAGAAUAGAUAAAAUGAAGGAACUUGCUAAGUUCAGGACGUUGCAAGAUGAAGCUGAUGAGCUAAUGUCAUGGACGAAACAAAUCGGGGAAGAAACUCUUAACAAUCUUAUGGUGCUUUUACGAUCGGCAGUAGACGCUGCUGCAGUAAAAAACGUCGCGAACGAUUUUGAAAAGUUUUUCUUCAACGCAUGGAGGCAAAUCGAAAAGUCCAACGACCUUUACGAAGAAUGCAAAAUUAUAACGAAUGCCAAAGGGCAACAACUAAAAGAAACGUCGAAUAAUUUGCAUUUCCUGAUGAAAGCGUUUAGAGAAAAACUAGAAGAAGGACGAGAAACUAUAGAAGAUACUUCCAGAUGUUUUUUAUUACUAGAAUCCUGUCAGGAUAUUUUAGACGAUGAUAGUAAGGAACAGGAGGAAUUUUUUAAAUUAGCACAUAAUUCCGGGAAUGAAAAAUUGAUACAGUUAUGUCAGAAAUCGCAGUUUAUGAAUAGCAAUUAUAACAAACCUCCUGAUAAAGAUGAAGAUAUAAAUCUCUCUUAUUAUCCUUCGGAAAUAAGUGCUUCAAGUACACCAGUCAAGCAUCAAAACACGCAUAUCAGGAGAAGAUCGGUGAGUUCUCUGGCCUUCAUCUAUCAUUGUAACCACCAUGCUGCUGGGGAAAUGUGUAAUUGUUGCGAAUCUGACACGGAAAAUACGGUAUCUUAUAAACUGAAGAAGAAAUAUAUUCAAACAUUACAAAAUUGUCCUUGCAGUUCUAAAGAAUCACUAGAAAGAAAAAAUAGCGGAACUUUAGGUGGUAUUAAAGAAGAAAGUGUAGAAAAUCUUCUAGAAAAAAUCGAUUCCGAACAUAAUGAUUGUAAUAGAUGCGACAGUGGUGUAUCUACUGCAGAAAACUCAGUUGGUGAUGAGAUUUUAUAUAAACAAAAAAAAUUGCAGUGGAUUUGCUCGUGUCAAUAUUAUAAGGAAAGUUGCGCUCUAUGUAGCGCUGGUAGUUCUAGUACGGGAUCCAAUCAGGAUAAUACAGAGAAUCAACAGUAUAGUAUCAUCGAAGAAGGAAGCGAAGGAUUCAUAAAAAGUAUGACGGAUGAUAUAGAAGAAGAUCAUUUUUCCGAAGAAAGACGAAAAGUACCUCCAGUUUCAGCCAACAACCAUCUUUAUUGUCACUCCUCAACUCUAGAUUUGCCCUCGGAUGCUUUAUAUCACAACAUGGACGCAAAAACUCAAAAGACUUUGAGUUACAUCAUUAAAGAAAUGAUAGAAACCGAAAGAGACUACGUAAAAUCAUUGGAUUACGUAAUAGUGAAUUACAUAUCCGAGUUACAAAGAGACGAUAUUCCGCAAGCACUUCGUGGACAAAGAAACACGGUGUUUGGCAACGUCGAGAAAAUAUACGAAUUCCAUAGUCAACAUUUUCUAAAUGAAUUAGAGGAAUGUAUCAAUAAUCCUUUACAAGUAGGACAAAUAUUCCUAAAAUACGAUAAAAGGUUUUAUUUAUACGCUCUGUAUAAUAAAAAUAAACCGAAAUCGGAUUCGUUGAUGUCCGAAUACGGAUCGUCUUUUUUCAAGAGUAAACAAUUAGAAUUAGGUGAUAAAAUGGAUUUGGCCAGUUACUUAUUGAAACCGGUGCAAAGGAUGGGCAAAUACGCUUUGUUACUUCAACAGAUGAUGAAAGCUUGUCCCCCGCCUACGUUAGGUUCGUCCGAUAGGGUAUUGCAAGAGAUGGAAGACUUGAAAUUAGCUGAAGAAAUGGUUAGGUUUCAAUUGAGGCACGGUAAUGAUCUCUUGGCCAUGGAUUCCAUAAGGGAAUGCGAUGUGAAUUUAAAGGAACAAGGUCGACUCCUCAGACAAAACGAAUUCCUUGUUUGGGAAGGUAAAAGUGGCAAAAAGUCGCUUAGACAAGUUUUCCUCUUCGAAGAUUUAAUACUAUUCAGUAAAGCCAGAAGAUUUCCAGAUCGUAAGAAUCUCGACUUAUACAUAUACAAAAAUAGUAUUAAAAUGACUGAUAUCGGAUUGACUGCAAAAAUAGGCGAGAGUCCGACGAAAUUCGAAAUUUGGUUUAGAAAAAGAAAACCCAACGAUACGUUCACUCUUCAAUCGAUGACUGAAGAAGUGAAAAAAAUAUGGACUGAAGAAUUAUCGCAAUUAUUAUGGCGACAAGCUAUCAAAAAUAGAGCUGUCAGGAUGGCAGAAAUGUCCUCGAUGGGUAUAGGAAAUAAACCCUGUUUGGACAUAAGACCCAGCGAUAACCAAAUCAGCGACAGAUCCAUUAGUUUUGCUCAACUCAGUCGAACUGUUCCUCGUUUUCGUAAUUCCAUCGCCGGUUCUAUGGCUGAAAAUUGUCGUCCAGUGGCUCGACCUCAAUCAGUCAUAUCAAUGUCGAGUAUUUCGUCGAGUAGUACAAGUUCUGGAGGAUCAGCUGGAACUCCAACAGGACCGGCUCCAUUAGGUUUUGAAAAUUGUGAAGGAUCACAGACUUUUAACAAAUCUUCCACAUUGAAUAGCCAAUGUUCUGUAGAAAGUGGCAUCAUAGCGGAUAUGUCUGUGGGUUCUGACGAAUUUUCUGAACAAGCACCGACAGGCCUUUAAAAACAUUAAGAAAAUUUCUCGUUUUGGCUGUUUUAAGUCAACACACACCAUGUGCCAGGUUAUAUUUCUAAUUAUCAUUAAGUAUUUUUUUCAUUUUAAAUAUAAAUCAUUUUAUAGAUUGAUAAAUUUAAUUUAUAUUUGUAAAUAUUACUAAAUUUUAUGUUCCUCAAAUUAUUUCGGCUCCAUAUCGAUCCCAAAAUCCACUCGCAGAUAAUUGAAACCACUCAAAAACAAAUUUUUAAUAUUAAAAAAAGUUUGUUGUUGAAAAUAUUUCAAUUUCUAGCAAGUAUAUAGAUGUAAUAAAACAUAUGUGGUAGAAUCUAUUGCAUGAGUUAAAAUUUUUUAAAUAUUAAACUGCAUUAGAUUUCACUUUUAAAAUUAUUAUUUGUAUUUUAUAGAUUGUAGACCACAUAUAAGGUAUUAUAAAGUUCUUACUUCGCAAUUUAUUUCAGUCAAAAAUAAUAUUCAUCCAAUUUAAUAUUUUUCUAUUCUUGAAAAUCACAAAGCCGGUUCUGAACUAAAGCAAACCAGUUUUCUUAGUUACUUGAAGACAGCUGCAUUUCUUCUUACACUAUUAGAUUGGUUUUUAUCUCUAUAAACUUACAACCACGUUGAUGUUUGACUCACGACGAAAACUGGUUGAAAGCUAAUAGUAAUCAAGACCAAACAUUAUAAAUAUAGAAUACUUAACAGAAAAGGUUGAAAUAAUAUCAAUUCAUUGAAUUUCAUUCACAAUAAUAAUUUUUUUUUAACAAAAUUGAAUUAUAAUGUGUUAUAUAGUGAUUAUAUAAUAUUGUGAAAUAAUAAUACAGUGAAAUUUUUUAUAAUCUCGUAUCUAGUAAGUAGAGUUACGGAAACUUAUUAAUAUUUAAAAAUUAUAUUGACUAGGAAUUUUAAAUUACCUUACUUGGUCUGCAUAUACAUGUAGUGAAUAAUAGAGUAACAUAUUUUAUUAUCAUUGAAUAUUUUAUUUAUUAUUUUAUACUGAAAAUUCGACAAAUAAUAUUUGGGAGUUGAAUUAUGGCCUAAAUCAUUGUUAUUAUUAGAAUAAACAAAGUUUGUCAUAUAAUAACAUCGGUUUAGUGAAAAAAAGUCAUUUUAACCUUCAAAAAAUAUUUGUUAAUGCGUACUUAAAUAAUGUUAUCAGUUUUAUACUAUCUAGCAGUAUAUCAUUGAUACUGGCACGUUUAGAGAAUCAGUACUUCUUGGUUAUUGACAACAAAAAAUUCUUCUUCUUAUUUCUGGUCAUAUUUCGUAUACAAAACAAGUCAUUAAACUUUAUUCUAUUCUUCUUCUUUUAUUUUUAUUUUGAUAAGCAAAGAUUGACUCUUUUUUUAAAUGUUUCCAUUAAUUUUUGUUUUGUUACUGAUAUUGCUGCUAAAACUUAAUUAAAACACCAUAGAUUCAGGGAAUUGAUCACGUGCUUUGUACAUAUAUAUACAAUAUUUUCAGUCAUUAAUACCUGAUCACUAAUACAAAAAAUAGAUUUAAACGAAUUUUUGUAAAUGCAUGGAUUUUUUUAUAAUAUACUGUGUAGUCAUAUUCAAAAAAUAAUGGAAUAUAUAAAUAUAAUGUAAAAAGGAAA